UCCGCGCCGCGGCUCGAAAGAGUCUCGAGAGGUAGGAGGGGGAUUUCCAGCUCCAGCCCCCACUUCCCCUCUUGUUUUGCUUUCGCUCUGGACCAGAAACAGAACCGAACAACGCUCUCACUUUCCCCUUUUCGAGCCAAUUACAGAGUUAAAUAGUCCACCGUCACCGUGUUAUUCUGACAGAAGCUCCAAGCUGCCCAAAGUCAACAGGUAACUUCCGCAUAUAACUUUCCGCUUGCCGAAGCUCCGGAGCGGGGCGACAUGACGGCUCCUUGCUCGCCCUAGCCCACAAUGCCAGUCGAUAGAAUGAGGAUGCGGCCGUGGCUGGAGGAACAGAUCAACUCCUGUCAGAUACCAGGGCUGAAAUGGGUGAACAAGGAAAAAAGAAUCUUCCAGAUCCCGUGGAUGCAUGCUGCUCGGCAUGGCUGGGACUUGGAGAAAGAUGCUCCCCUCUUCAUGAGAUGGGCUAUACAUACAGGUAAAUACCAACCGGGAAAAGAUCGACAGGAUCCAAAGACUUGGAAGGCAAAUUUCCGCUGUGCCAUGAACAGCCUACCUGACAUUGAGGAGGUGAAAGAUAAAAGCAACAAAAAGGGUACAAAUGCCUUCAGAGUGUACAAGAUGCUGUCAUCCUCAGAAAAAAGUAUGAAGAAAGGAAAGAAGAAGCCCGACAAAGAGGCUAGACCCAAGGGAAACAAAGAGGUAGCCUCUCCAUCUUUUGGGAGGACUCCUUCUCUCCUCCAUGUCGGAGCGAUUGUGGGCAUCAAAGAGGAACCACAGGAUGAAGUGGAGAUGCCUGACACAGCCAAAGCCAUUCCUAAAUGUGUUGAAGGUCAUGUGAUUGCAAGCGAGCAGCUGCCAUUUGUCUGUCAGACCAUCGAAGUGACGACUGAGAACGAGGAGGAGACAGUUAGCUCCUCCCACUCGUACCCUCUUCAAAUCUCUCCUGUGUCUUCAUUUAGCGCCAGUGACACAGACAGCGACGUUGAUGACACCGAACAGGGUGUCGUCAGUGCAGCCUGGAGGCGGGACCACAGCAAAUCGGUUCUCAAGGUGUCGCCAUAUUCUCUUCCCGGCAUGGCCACCUUUGUUCGAGGAAGCAAGCCCUUCAGAGUCACCACCACACGAGACCCCAGCCCUCUUAUCAGUUACCACAGCGACAGCUGGACGACGCCUUACAGCCAGAACUCUCUCACGUCCUCCAUACCCAACCACACGCACGAGAUGCGGGCCAGCGUCAUCAUGAAAACAUCAGACGUCACCUCCUCUUAACGUCAGGACGAUGAGUGCAAAGUUUUUCUUACCGAGUAGUUAUUAGGGAUCAACUUGACUUAUCCGUUAAUUGACUAUCACGUUGCCUCCUUGUAUAUUUUUUGCGUCCUCAUGACAAAGAUGGUCCCUUUUGAAUUUGUCAUUGCUAAUUUGGACACCACAUGCGUGCGUUUUCUGGUGCAUUUUGGCUUACUUUGCAUUGGAGCUGGGGUAGCUACUUGGCAGUGUGUUCAAAUCAAUGUAUGAAUUAUAAUUAUAACAAUCAUUAAAUUAAGUACAUAUCAAUUUCUCAUGACAAAAACAAGUCAUGGUUAAAAGCAAACCUUUGCCAAGUACCGUAUUUCCUCAAAAAGUGGCACCUUCCCGAAUUAACCAAUCAGUCGCUAAAACAAACACCUCUGCCUUUUCCGAACAAAACGACCUCAGUUCAUAGACAGUUAUUCACACACAGACAUUAAAGAGUUAACCGCAUCAGCCCAUUUGAAAUCAUUAAUAUGAUACACGUGACAGUAAUAGCAAAAAUGAUACAAAUGUGUCUAUAAACAUUGUACAGAUGUUGCUGGUUCGAUUCCCAGCCACGGCCCAACACGCAGUCAUUGGAAAUGCAGUUGACCCAUGCAAUUCAGUUGGCGAAACAGGAAAAACUGAAAGACAAAAAAAGGCACUUAUACAGGAGUAAGUAAAUAUGGCAAACUUGCUUGACAAUCAGUGAAACAACUUUUAGCACUUUGACAAUCCCAAUAAAAAAUGACCCAUUUUGGGACCCGAUCCCAAGUUUUGGAACGGCUGUCCUACAGCAAAGUCUCUGAAGUCUCUGGCUGUAACCUAUGCACUUGCUCCAAAUUCAGUUGAAUGCGGCUGGAAGCGUUAUUUCAUACUGCUUGUUGGAAGAAAAACUAUUGACAAGUGUGAUUACAAACAAUAAUUGAGCAGCGAUAUACAGUGGAUCCCUGCACAUUCCAGAUUUAGCAUUUACCCCAUUUUGGUAAAAAAAAAAUAUAUAUAUACAAUAUAUCUGAAAAUAGACUUUUCCCACCGAAAAUCAAAUUUACCAUUAGUGGGUAAUAAUUUAUAAAUAUGUGAUAAUACAGGUAAUACAUCUACCACUUCUGAACCCGCCCCCCCACAAUUUUUAUGUUUAUGUCAUCAUGCGUCACUGAUAAUGUGUUUUCCUCAAGCCCUUGAGAUUUACCACUUUGUUCGGUGGUCCUUGAACGCACCAUAGUUGUGUGCUGUGACUCCGAUUCCAUCUGUUCAUGGAUCAUCUUACAUUAUCAUGCAUUAGCGGUGAGUAGCUAUACAGUUGAUGCUGUAAAUAAAUGUGUGACGUAUAUUUAGGGCUUAAACCUGGAUUGUGUUGUGAGUGAACAAUGGCAAUUGAAGAGAGAGGGGGUCUAAUAAGUAAAACACUUUUAAUCUCACUUUUACUCCAAAAAUUGGAGGAAAACGUCAACGUCAUGCUAGCAGGAGGGUUCGGAGGGGGGAGGGAGUGAGUCAAAAAUAAACAUUUUUAUGCGUGUAUCGAUCACUCACAGUUUUUUGCCAUUUGCUGUUGGUCUUGGAUCCUAACUCCGGUGAAAAGCAGGGAUCGAUUGUAUAUGCCUAAAACAGGUUUGGCCAGCUGCAAUCAUUCCUCCUGUUCAUACUUGCCAGUAUGCUUCAUUAACGUGACUUAUGUCAAAUGUCUGUUUUCAGUCUUUCUUUUAUAAAGCAAGUGAGCAUCUUGCAUUGCGAAUGAGCUUUGAGAAAAUCGGAAAUCCUAAAGGGGGUAUAUAGCAGACAGUUAACAGCUUGGUGAGAGUCUCACACGGUUUAUGGCUUGUUUAAUCGUCAUUUAUAAAAAUCUAUGCACAUGACUUCAGUCCUAAUCAAUUACACUGGAAGCCAAUUUGGAUGAAGACAGGUUUAAUGGCCGGUAUGAACAACAGUAACAUUCGCUUCAAGGAUUCAUGUUAACACAUGACGAUUGUUUUAAGAUACACUUGAAAAAUUGUGUUGAACUUGUUCUUCUAAUGAAGGAACAUUUUAGUUUAAGUUGAGUUUUUAUCAUUGUGUAUUGUGUGAAUGCUAAUAAGAGUUGCUGCCAAAAGAUCUUAUACUCUGCAAAAUUCAGUCAUUUGUUUCAGACACCAAAAAAUAGGAACAAACAUAAUUCUAGUUUUACAUGCAGAAAAGAUUGUGUUUACAAAAUACUCCCGAUUACAUGAAGAUUCGUGAGCGUCAAUCAAGGCAUCAGUGGGCAUCUACAUCAGGAUAAAGUACCCACAUAAUGCGAGGGCAGAUGAACCAACCGUGACCACAUUCUGUUUCUUUGUUAAUAAUGUACAUAUCUUGUUUUCUUGCAAGCCGCUUCUGCACUUUAUUGUGUGUUCACGUGUGCCUUUGAUGUUGUGUGUCUGCUCUUUAGUCUCCUGGCGACGCAUGCAGGAAAGAUGAACAUUGCAAGGAUUCAUCGCCUGCUUACUCAGGUCAUGCUGUCAUCAGCACCUUAUCCUCACAUGGAGGAUUCUCAGGGCUUCCAAACAGCUUUCAUCAGGGAAUGGGUCUUUGAGGGAGGGAGAGAGAGGUACAGGCUUUUUGGAAGGUGGAACACCACUAGACUGCUUAGUUAUCACUGUCCAUUUCAUAGUAACAGAUCCUUUCACAUGUUCAGAGAUACCACUUUUAUCCUUCAUGUUUUUGAGCGGCUUGGAUCGGGCAUGCAGCCAAUGUUGGUCAGCGUUUCCCCGCUUUCUGAGCAUUUUAGGAUGUCAAAUUUCACUUCACUUUCACUUUCCUUUUCUUUGAUGCAUUUACAUCAAAAUAGUAUGUCUCAUGCUUGGGAGACAUGAAUCGAAACAAGCUAACUGAAAAGAAUAAAUGUCACAUUGUCCUUCCUCAGUGUAGCGACACAGCGCAUGAUGAUGUAUUCUUCCGCCUACACAUUCUUUCGUCACACGCACAUAACUGGUUGUCUUGCUCUUUUUGUGCAGUACAGUAAGCCCUCAUUUAUUGCGGUUAAUCAAUUCCAUUCCAGACUCGACAGUUAUAAAUUAAUUCCCGCAUUUUCCGUAUUUUCUGAAUUAGGGCAUAGAAAACCUGGGUAAUACCUUCUUAAUACAGUUUUUAACAUUAUUAGAGCCGUCUCGACAUGAAAUAACACACCUAUAUUUACGUUUCAGUCGUAUCAUCCAAUAUAGUAGACAUAAUAAGAGAAAAUAAGACAUGAUAUAGGCUCACACAUGUUGGCGCAGGGGGAGUUCCCUGUUGUUACUUUUACUUUUUGUUCUUUACUGUACUUCCUGUGGUGGCUAUUGUUUGAUCAAUGUAACAUUACUGACACCUAGUGACCAGUGUAGAAUACUACAUAUCAUAACGUCUUUGAAUGUGUGGUAUGAAUGCCUUUUGUAUAUUUGCAAUUUUAGUUAAUUUUCUGCCAUUUUUAUGCUUGUGAAUGCUUAAUUUUGGCAAAGAAAUGCAUACAACCGCGAGGGAUUACUCUAUUUAAUAAAUUAUGGAAGUGCCGAAAUGCCGUAACACGAAACACAGCAACUCGAAAUACCAUAACAUGACACGCUGUAACACGAAAUGUUGUAAAAGGAGGACCACCUAUACAUGACAUGAUUGUCUUUUAUAGGCUGUUGAAGAAUAUUCCACCUGUUUGCCUCAAACGGCAAACAACUGCUUUCAGAGUGCGUCAAUUACCCACAAGCGCCGUCUUCUCACUUCUGUAUCGUUUGUCCGAAUGUGAGCAGAGCGUCUAGCCUGAAAUGCCCCACAAUUCAUUCUUACUUCUGUCAGCAGUCACAUGAUCGCUAAACAGCAGCGAGACAGUUCCUUUGGCAUGCAUUCCUUUCCCUUACUUUUCACUUUCCAUCACUCAUGCAUGUGGAUGGGUGUCAUGUGACCAAAGAGUCUGAUUCCAGAACAUGGAAGGCUUUUGCCCAAGUUUUCUGUAAGCCCUCCAUAUUGAUUGUAGAUAAUGACGUUCCCACCUUCUCCACAAUACCCUUGACUUUUUUCUUCACUACAGAAGCUACUCGUACUUCAGAAUUUGGAAUACUUAGCCCACUUUUCUCACAUUUAGCUUGUUUUCUUCACAUUUGAGGUACAGUAGAUCAUGACUCUAAAUGCUAAAUCUAAACCUGAAUGUCUUGCCAAGUGUAAAGCUCAGUGCAGUAAUCCCUCGCCACGUUGUGCUUCAAAUUUCAUGGCUUCACUCCAUCACAGUUUUUCAAAAAUACACGAAUAAGUCAUUGCUGUUUUGUGGUUGAAUACAACAUAGCAUUGGGCAUAAAAUAUGCACGUUUAAGCAGUUUUUGCCUAAAUUAACCAUUUACAAGCAGAAAAUGCCUAAAUGAAGUAAAAUGCAAAUACUGUAUAAGGCAUUCAGAAAACUCAUUCAAAGAUGCUGCGAUGACAUGUAGUAUUCUACACUGGUCACUAGGUGUCAGUAAUGUUACUGUAAUGUUCGGUGAGACACACAAGCACCAGACUUGAUUGGCAGAACAACAGGCUUUUAAAUGCAUUAUUAUAGCCCUAACACGGGCUAUUGUUGGGGUAAACCAUCAGUCUUAUUUAUGUUGUAUAUGUCUUAUUUUCUCUGAUUAUGUCUACUAUUUUGUGUAAUCAUGUAAAUGUGACUAUAGGGAUGUUAUUUCAUGUCUAGAGGGCUUUUAUAAUGUUAAAAAAGUUAUUUAGAAGGUUGUACACUUUUUUCCCCAUGCUCUAACUAUGACAAUAUUCCAUUUAUAACUAAGGAAUCCCACUUUUUGGAAAUCCAAUUAUCACAGUCGGGUCUGGGACCAAUUAACCAUGAUCAACAAGGGAUCGUUUGAAAGCUAAGACUUUAGUACAGUAUUUAUAAGGCUUGCUCUUUUGAUUUGAUCUUUUGCUGUGUUUAAUAUAAGAAGGUGUCAGCUGAGAAAGCAGCCGGGAGGCUAAAGCACACUUCUGCAGCCCCUUAAGCAUUUAGUUAAUAUGUUAUGAUUUGAACCUACAAGUAAUUUACACUGGAUGCACAUACAGUAAUUAUCACCAUUACUCUAUUGAACUUUCUCCUAGAGUCAACUGGGUUUGAGAUUCCAGACUUGCAUUUACCAAAAAAAAACCUCUUCCAUGUACUUUCUUUAUUGCUCUUUUUAAUACUCUUCCUUGUGGUUUUUGUAUAACUGUGAUAAGGACGUCCAUUGGCUGGUAAUGUGCUCAAGAGUACUGAAUUUGAAGUAUUGAUUAAAGAUAUCUAUUUUUUAGCUUGGUCCUAAAGGGGUGUGUGUACUGUAAUGUCCUUCUGCAUUCGACUUAGGCUGUGUGUCAAUCUGAAUACUUACCGUCGGUACACUUCCAUAAGUCAUCCUAUCAUUUGCGUAAUGGUCUGUGUGGGAGAGAAAAAGCCAGUAAAAACCAUGAAAAGCAAAAGUUUCGAAAUACAAACUUUCUUCUGUGACUACUUUUUGUGUUUGUUUUUUUUUUUUAUGUCAGAAGCAAGACG